AUGGAUCUAGACCUGAUUUCAGAGGAAUUUGUCAACUUGCAAUCUAUAGACUUUCAGUCUCAAAGAAUUGUUGCAAUUCAAAACGCAGAACACAAACGAGAAAGCUAUGAUGGAUCACAACCAUCUAAAGGUCGCAGAAGAAAAGUCAUUGAGGUUGAAGAAGAAUUAGAUGGUGAUGAAGACUAUGUUGAAUUGAGAAAAAGAAAGCAGUUUGAGGCUGAAUUUGAUGAGGCUGCAAACUCAUCUGAUCCAAGAAAGAAAAAGCAAUUUGCAGCAUCAUUUGAUAAAGCUGCAAACUCCCCUGAUUUGAGAGAGAGGCAACAAUUUAGGGCUUCUUUUAAUCAGGCUGGAAACUCUUCUAAUUUGAGAAAUUAG